AAGGUGGGAACUGAAGGGUGGGGGUCUGGCCUCGGGGACUGACCGAGCAGGAUCUGGAGCAGCCCCCCACGGCUCCCGGAGUCUGUGGCCAGAGGCCCUCCCUGCGCCUCCAUUCUCCAGGAUGAGCACGGCUGGGAUCUCCAAGUGCCUCGGGGGCUCCAGGACUCCUGGGCGGAGUGGCCCGAGGCUCAGAGGCCCACUCCUGCGGUCUUGGGUGUGGAUCCUGCCCUCCCUCUAGAGGACACGCGCCUUUGGGCCUCCCUCUCAGAUGGGGGGCCGCUUCCCUGUGGCCCCCCUCGGGACCUCGGGCCUCGGACUCUUGCCGGGGACGAGGAGGGGCCUCCGGACCUCGGCUCCCCCCCCAUCUCAGCUCUGCCCAGCUCCCUCCUCCCCUAACCCCGCCUCUUGGGGCUCUCACCCCGGAACCUGUCGGACCGGUUCCCUUGGGGCUCCCCGCCCCCCGCAGCCAGCCUGGGCCAUGGCCGCUGCCUCCUCUUCCUCCGCCCCGUGCCCCGGGCCUCCUCCGGGGGCUGCAGGCUCCCUGGCUCCGGCCCCCCGGACCUCGGCCGCCUCUUCGGGCCUCGGCCGCUGCCGGGCGGCCCUGCUGCUGGCCGUGGGCCUGGACGUGGCGGGGAUGGUGGCCCUGCUAACGGGCGUCUUCGCGCACCUGCAGGUGCAGGGCCGGGACUUCGGGGACCUGCUCAUCUACACGGGCGCCCUCAUGGUCUUCCUCAGCCUGCUGGGCUGGAUCUUCUGGUACACGGGCAACAUCGAGAUCUCCCGCCAGGAGCUCGAGCGCGACUACGGCCGCAGGCCCAGCACCCUGGCCCGCCUGGCCCGCAAGCUGUCCCGGCGCUGGUCCGCCCAGCCCGGCCCAGGCGCCCGCAGGGCUCGCGGCACCCCCAAGCGCCAGCCCCAGCCCUCCCGCAGGGUGCGCCUGCAGCUGGGCCCUCUGGAGGCCUCCGGAGCCGGGAUGGAGUGAGGAGCAGCCCAGCAGGUGCCCUGCCUCAUCGGGACAGCGCGGCAGAGCCAGAGAAGAGCCCCUUUCCCCUCCUUCCCCACCAGCUGACCUCCGGAUAAACACUCCCACCUUGA